AUGUCCAAUGUUUACUUUGAGGUAACUGCUGGUGGAAAACCACUAGGCCGUAUUGAAUUCGAGCUCUACGAUUCCGAUGUCCCAAAGACCGCCCGAAACUUUCGCGAGCUUUGUACCGGCCAAAAUGACUACGGAUACUUGAAUUCGAUUUUUCACCGAGUCAUCCCUGGGUUCAUGCUUCAGGGAGGUGAUUUCACCCGACACAACGGUACUGGUGGUAAAUCCAUCUAUGGUGAAAAGUUCGCUGAUGAAAACUUCAAGCUCAAACACACCCAACCUGGUCUACUCUCCAUGGCCAAUGCUGGACCCAAUACCAACGGAUCCCAAUUUUUCGUCACCACCGUUAAAACUGACUGGCUCGAUGGUAAACACGUCGUCUUCGGUAAGGUCGUCCAAGGCAUGGACAUUGUCCAACAAAUUGAAAAGUUUGGCUCUACCUCUGGAAAGACGAGCCAAGAGAUCAAGAUUGUCAAAUGCGGCACCGUCUGA